AUGGCGAUUAGAGAAGAGGAGGAGAAGAAACACGGCUUAUCAGAGACGCCACAGGACACGUCGGCCCUUCCCGACGAGUUGCCGUCCAUGGUACCCUAUAUUAAAAACUGUAAGUGUGUCUGAGUGAUAACAACGAAUGCAAAGUGUUACCCCUUACAGAUUUAAUAAAUCGGAAAUAAGUUUUGAACUUUAUUCCUGAUGUGUAACUGCUUUCUCUCUCUCAAAAAGUAAUAUGUAAUUAGGCCGUUACGUCAUCCCAAAAUAUGUCAUCACAUAAUUUAUGACUUUAGUACAAGAGAGGAUCGGCAAAUUAACAGACGUAAUCACUCAAAAACAACAACUCCUCGACGAAACAGCCCAGAAAUUGGAAGCGUCGAACUCACUAAGCAACUCGUUCCAGCAGUUCGAGAGCGAAGUCGGGGAAUACAUCAGUGUCUUGUUGGAUAAGACCUAUCUGAGUGAAGAAAAUGAACUCACGGAUGGCCUCCGGGAACUCCUCAAAAACGAUCAUACCGAUAAUAUGACCAAAUUACUGAUGGCUUGUAAGAACGGAGAACUUGAAAAGGUGAGAGAAACCCAUCGGGGCCUAAUGAACCCCUUUCAGGUCAAAGAAUUCCACAACGAAGACUUCGAGUCGAAAAAAAUUUGGGCCGACGCCCUCUUUUUGGCUUUUCAGAACGCACAUUUAGAGGUAAAUAAGACAUAAACAAACAAGUAACCGCUUUUAUUAGCUGGUCGAUUACAUCCUCGAGACCAAGGGAGAGAAUCUUACUCUCAAUCUGCAGGAAUACUGCUACUAUUUCAGUCAAUUAAAGGAGAAAGUAAGCCUUCCUUUUCGGGCAUUAGAACCAAUUGUCAUGCCAUGACGUGCUUACAAGUCAUAAUUCCAGGGAGUGAUAAACAAAUGCCGGACCGCCCUGAAAGCCAUAAUCAACGCCCCAAUCGCGGGCGAUUAA